AUGCUCAAGGCAUUUUCAAAAGUCUUUCACAAGUCGGUUAGCUCGCCCGAAGAGCAGACAAAACACGGCCCGACAAACACCCAGGUGGUCGGUGCACAUCAGUCGACUGCGCAACAAACCACAAAGAAGACCUCGGAUGCGCACCAGACAGCCGGGUUUCUUGUCGACAGUGCAGUCAGCAGGGGUGGCGAUGGCAUUGGUCUGAGCACUCCAUGUAGAAAUGGGGGUGACGGUGGUCAGGGUCGGCCAUACGCGCAGGGGGUCAAUGCACGGCACACUAACGAGGCCUUUGGGCGGGCGCCAACACAGCAGCAUGUUCAGCCGCGUCUCCAUAUGAAGCCCCCCGCCCAGGGUGUCGACGGGAGACUCCCAUUGACGAACGACAACCUCGAAUGGCAUUUGCGCAUGCAACAGUGA